AUGGAGAAGGAAGUUUGGCAAUCCGUAACCAUCAAUGGGGAUGACGAAGAAGCCACCAGCUGGCCGCAAGCUCUGCAGAUCACCAGCUCGUACAUGCUCCCGGUGAUUCUGAAUUUCACGGUAGAGCUCGAUGUGUUUGGGAUUAUAGCGAGGGCCGGGGGAACCAGAAUUUCAGCCAGUGAGAUUGCUUCUGAGAUUCCAGCAGAGAGUACAGGCAUUAACUUCGACCUGCCUCGUGUUAUUAGAGAUGCACCUUCCUACUCAGGUAUCGAGCAUGGUGGAGGGGAUAUGUUCGUCACCGUUCUGAAAGGAGACGCAAUUAUGAUCAGAACUGCUAUUAUAACGAAGAAGGGAAAGGUAAUCGCGAUAACCAUAUUAAUGCCGGAAGCACCAGAUUCGAGCUCAGUCUCCAAGUAUAUUACCCAGAUGGACAAUCUCAUGCUGAUGACGCUCGAAAGCCAUGAAAGGACGCUGAAGCAGUUGGAGACCCUGUGUAAGGUGUCAGGAUUCUCGGAGUUCCGAGUGGCUGACAAGCUCACUCGCUCUAUUUGGGCAGUCAUAGAGUUCUGCAGAUGA